AUGCUUUUCUGGUUCGACGACGGAUCUGGAACGAGAAAGGCUUCGACAACUCUGCGCUCGGCUACCACCAUCUUGCCAACGCUCUUCGCUUCGACUCUCUUCGUUCUACUGCUUAGACAGGUCAACUGUGAGUACAAUGGCCCUAUUGGGUUCUACGGUCACACUCUGAAGGAUGGUCAAGUCACGCUCGCUGAUGGCUCCAUUACUGUCAAUGAUGACAACAUCAAAAAGUACACGGAUCGCGAAGGAUCCUGUGAGGCUAGAAUCGAUGACGAUGGAAAUAUUGAGGUCUACUACAGGGGAAAAAACGCAAGCAAGAACGAGAACACAAAGAAAAACGGUUGCGCUGUAGACUUGCUAACCAAAUAUGAGGACAUGAUCAAGUUCAAAGCUGUAGUGAAAGACAAAGGACCAAUUGUGCAGUGCGCGACAGAUUGUGAUCCAGCCGUCAAAGGGACAUUUAUUGACGGCAUUAUAGAUAAUCUCAUUCCCUUCGCCUACAGCUACAACACAACUAAGGAUAACAUUGCCAUGUUUAAAGGAGGUCAGAGAGAAGAAGAUAAUGCAGCGAUUUGUAGAGAUCCUGAGUUUUGGGCUUGUAAACAUGGCGAUAAAUACAGGUGCAUGCGAUGGGCACCUCUUACUGUUGGUUGGAACGAUUGCACUGAUUGGAGGACUCAAAAAUCUGGAGUCUAUGCUCAUACUGCUUUAUGUAAGACUAGUGAAUCUUUAAAAGCAUAUUUAUCUUCUUUAGUUGGAAUCGAUUCUUGGUAUAUAUUACAAGAAGGCCGCGACUUCAUGAGUUUUGAGCUGGAGAUAACAGGGGCAGGCGGACUAGUAAUGAGUUUGAAUGGAAAAACGAUGGAAGGAAGUACGUUUAAUCCUAAUCAACGGAUUAAACACUGGUUUGGAUGGAGUAAGAUCGAACCCUUCCAUUGCCUUGCCAAAGAAGAAGGCAUUGCCAAACCUGUGACUUGGAAAAUCGCGGGGACAAAUCCAGCUGCCGAUCCGGCAUAUAGAUAUCUACUUACCUUCUACUUGCUUCCACAAGUCUCUGCACGAGUCGAGAAAUAUAGCGAAACUAAGGGUCCAAAGUGUGAGCAACUCUUCAUUGAAUUUGACAAGGAGUAUUACAUGCUUCUGGCUGCCGACCCACCAACAACGCCCGCCAAACCAAAAACACCGCCUGUUAUAGGAACAAGGCCCCCUGUAAAACCCACUGUAAAGUCAACACAGAAGACAACAACAACGGAACCUCCAAGCAAUAACAUGGUGUGGGUGUAUGUCGUCGGUGGUGUGCUUUUUGUCGUUGCUAUGAUUGUUGCUGUAUCCAUCUGCUUUGUGGUUAAUAAAAAAAAGGCUGAUCCGCUGAAGAGUGUUAAAGUAGGAGACUCGACUGUAGCGAAGUCGAAAGUGGACGAGAAAACGAAAAUGAAAGAGAAGACGAAGGCUGGCCAGCGCAAGUGA